UUCACGAUGUACUACUUGUUCUUGUCUAGUAACCCAGGCUACUGAAAUCACUAUAAUGCUAAGUUGCUAGCUAACUCUUCGUUCCUCAAAGUUUAAUCUUUUUGGCUGCAUGCUAUAUGGAUAAUCAUUCAAUAAGGACCCUUCCCUGCUAUAUAUAGGCUUCAAGAAACAGAUAAAACUAGCUCUCACCUCUCUCUCUCUCAACACUUUGACGCAUUAAAUACACAAAGGAAAUGUAUAGAUUUCUUUCUCCCAACACCUCAUAUUUGUUGAACUUGGCAACUCAUACCUGCAACCAGAUAAAACUCUAGCUCCUCAAUUCCAUCUUCCAAUAUCAGCCAUACGCGUGUCCAACAAACAACAGAAAAUUUGAAGAAAGUGAAGCCACCUUCUCUCGGCCAUCAUCUUUCUCUCUCUCUCUCUCUCUCUCUCUUUUUCUUUUCUUCAUCAUCACGGUCAUCAAAAUCUUCCAUGCACGCUGAUUCAACAAAACCCCAACUCUUUUUUGUCAUCUUAUUAGCUUUUCCCCCUUCAUCAAAGCCAUGAAAACUGAGGUGAGAGGAAACGGAGCAUCCAUUUCCCUUCAGAACCCUAGUCUUUUCAACACCCCUCAAAGUUCUAUAACAGGAGCACUAAGAGGGUGCCUUGGUAGCCUGGACGGCGCAUGUAUAGAAAAGCUUCUACUUCACUGUGCCAGUGCCCUUGAGAGCAACGAUGUGACUUUGGCUCAGCAAGUUAUGUGGGUGCUCAACAACGUCGCUUCCUCGGUGGGCGACCCUAACCAAAGGCUCACCUCGUGGUUUUUAAAGGCACUCAUCUCUAAGGCAUCUAGGGUUUGCCCCACAACAAUGAAUUUCCAUGGUGGCAGCACAUUUCAGAGGAGGCUAAUGACCGUGAUCGAGCUAGCCGGGUAUGUCGAUCUACUACCUUGGCACCGGUUUGGGUUUUGUGCAUCAAAUAGUGCCAUUUUUAAGGCAGUUCGAGGAUACCCUAAAGUUCAUAUAUUGGAUUUUAGCAUCACCCAUUGUAUGCAGUGGCCUACCUUAAUAGACGCCCUAGCUAAAAGGCCAGAAGGGCCAUCUUCGCUUCGAAUCACAGUGCCCUCUUAUAGGCCACCCGUACCUCCUAUGCUUAACGUAUCAACCGAGGAAGUUGGUCACCGUUUGGCAAAUUUUGCAAAGUUUAGGGAUGUACCUUUUGAAUUCCAUGUGAUCGAUGACCCUUCUUUCCCUUCAUCGGGUGAAAUUUUGUCCAAAGAAUCCUCUGCUUUUCAGUUCGAAUCACUGUUGAGUCACUUGACUCCUUCCGCACUAGACCUUAGGGAGGAUGAGGCCUUGGUAAUAAACUGUCAAAAUUGGCUGCGCUAUUUGUCUGAUGAGAGAAUAGGGAAUACUGCACAUGAUUCUUCUUUGCGAGACGUUUUCCUUGACAUAAUUAAAGGCCUCAAUCCUCGUAUUAUAGUUGUGGUCGAUGAGGAUUCUGAUCUGAGUGCACCAAGUCUCACUUCGAGGAUUACAACUUGCUUCAAUUAUCUUUGGAUACCUUUUGAUGCUUUGGAAACUUUCUUGCCCAAAGAUAGUAGCCAGAGGUUAGAGUAUGAAUCCGAUAUUGGUCAAAAAAUUGAAAACAUCAUCAGUUUUGAAGGGUUUCAAAGGAUAGAGAGGUUAGAAUCAGGUGCAAAAUUGUCAGAAAGGAUGAAGAACGCCAGUUUCUUUAGUGUUCCAUUUUGCGAAGAGACCGUGACAGAAGUGAAAUUCUUGCUAGAUGAACAUGCUAGCGGAUGGGGCAUGAAGGAAGAGGAAGACAUGCUGAUUCUCACAUGGAAAGGUCACAAGUCAGUUUUUGCCACGGCCUGGACCUCAACCGGGCUAGAAGAUUGAAACAGGGUGUAGACUUCAAUGUCUUAAAGUGCUUACAUUAAGUAGCUUAUUCGGGGGCUACAAUAAAAGGGAUGAGGGGGAGAUUGAUGUUUAGUGGUCCUCAUGAAUUGCAGCAGAGACAAAACAUAGUUGCUUUUUCCAUUUUUUUCCACAUUGUCAAAAGGCUGCAAGCGGGCAUAAGACAAGAAGGAAACGGCAGGAUUUUGAGGAUAACUUGAUGUCAUUUAUCUUUGUGUUCGAGCUCUAGGCGCACCCUAGCUAGCUUUGGUUCACAUGAAAGCUAGGAGAGAAAUGUACAUAUUAUCUUUGUAUGAGACAAAAACCGUUCCCACUUUGUUUUUCUUUCUGUGCUGCCCCGCUGGCUUCUGUUUCUGGACGCUUGACAGUCACCAGCCAACUAGCCCUUUCUUAAUCCCGUUAUCAUAUUCCCUAAUUGUCACCCAUUUUCCACAUUCUCUUAAGUCACCUUAUAUUUAUUGUACCUCUUAGUACGUUUUAUAGUAAUGAAUUUUCUAUUCAUAAUUUA